UCUCUCAAGAAAGCCACCUUUGGCGGCCGGCGGCAGGCUGGCCGGACUGCAUCGAUGCCGCCAAAGGGCACUGGUGCCACCGGCGAUGGCUGGGGGAGCCGCUGGUUCUCCUCCCCUCCAUCGCUGGCGGACCCGCCUAGUGGCGUCGUGACGGGGCAGGAGCCAGCGGGGCUCCUGUCUUCAAAAUGUGAGAGAGAUGAAAGUGAGACGCCGGAAGACGAGCCGUCGGCCUCCCCUGAGAAGAUGAGAGAGAGUGUGAGAGGGAAAGAGAGAGAAUGAGAAAAAGAUGGGAAAAAUAGGCAAUUCAGAUUUAGAAUUCGAUGGCCUAGAUUUGAUGUCCCUAAGAUUUUCUUAUAUAUAAGUGAAGGAUGACUCUAGCUAUCCAACAUCACCUCUAAAGAUAACCAAGUUUAAAGUUAUCAGAAAUGUAUUGGAUAAUUAGUUGAUAUGACACGUUUCUUUUUCUUUAUAUUUACAUAGCACAUAUAUGCCACUUUUAAAUUUCAAGGGGAACACCAAAAGCUUCAUGGAUAUACAUGCCUAGGUUUCCCAGUAACGCGAUUUAUGACUAUGAUCUGGCCCACAUUUCUGUCAUCAGAUAGUCAAGAUCUGGAAUUCGUGGCAGGUUUAGCUGUAAAGGCAUCGUCUUUAACUCAUCAUGUUUCAUUCUCCCUUCAAAGAGAAAAAUGCAAUUGUGCUGGAGUGUCAUGGAUUGUCCUGGCUCCAUAAUCCUGGGUCACCUCUUUCGACUAGAGUCCGUCUCUCCCUAAAAAAUAUGGGCCUCACGUACCGAAAAGCUAUUGCACCAUAAUCCUCUCCAAUGUCACUCUGGUCGACCAAGUUCUGGGAGAUGCUAGGCUGUUUUCAGUUUCCACAGCUACCAUUGCACAUGGUCUUUUCAUCUAUCAUGGUACGUUAAGACCUUCAAGUGAAUUACAACAAUCCAAAAACUUGGAACAAGCCAUUGAGGAAGAGAUUAAUCAUCACAAGAUGCUUAUCAGAAAUCUGAAAAUGAAGUUCCACUCCUGUCUCGUAUUUCCAACUUUUUUUUCCCUGUUUUUACGUGUGGAUGGGAAGUCACGUCCCCAGGCUACAGCCUUGCAGGGAGCCAUACUUGGGGCAUUUCCCUUGGCUCAAACUUGGUAAACAUGACCUCAAAAUAGUCUCCUGAAACUCGACCGAGGGAUUAUUCAAGUGAAAAACGUUGUGAGUUGGGUGGGUUGCAUAGGUGAAGCAAGUUACGUGGAGUAGUUCCCUUACUUUGCUAUGUUGAUAGCGUUUACUUUUGUAAUGUUGAUGCAAAAUCUUGACGCGCGCGGAUUGGUGCUGUUCAAAUAAUCAGAAACCUUCUGGCGAAUAAGAAAGUUGGCUGCAUAUUUAGUCGUAGGGGCUUCUGAUGGGAUAAAAAGAAAUGCAAGAAUAUUUUUCUAUGUAGGGUGAGUGAAAAUAUUUUACCCCGUCCGAUUGACUCAUUGAGGAGUGUAUGCCGGUGAAGCUUUGCAUCAUCCAGUACGCCCUGAAGUGAUGUUUACCUGGACGGGGUCGAUCAGUACACCCUGAACUGGUCAGACAAAACUUUUUCAGAAAUGCAGAUCUGCAGAAGCAAGUUACCUGGAAGCAAGAAGCGAGAUUUUAUUGGAAGACGUGAAGGCUCUGAUAGAAAUUGGCUUUGAUAUAUUUCUUCGUUCACAUGACAAGCUUUUUGUCCAGAUGGGGAAAUAUUCUGAUCAGACUGCUGAAGAAAUACAAGAAGAGUCUGACCUUGAAAGUUCCUUGGCGACCUCUCUAUAGUACUUUGUUGAAGACUCACCUUGCCAGGAAUCCUGGUGCUGAAGGUUGGAGUUUGAGAGAACAACAUUUUAAGAUAUUCAUAUCACUUGUACAAUGUUGCCGAGCUUUUUUCCCUUCGGGUUCCGCAGCUGAGAUAUGGUCAGAGUUUGAACCCUUCUUAGACAAUCCAUGGCACGGCUCAUCCUUUGAAGGCUUAGGGUUAAUCAGUUUAUUCCUCCCAACAAACUCAGAGAAUCAAGCAUACAUUUCGAAUAGCUAUAUUCAAACUUGUUUAGAUCUCUGGGUUUUGAAUCCACAUUCUGAAUUUUGGGAAGUUAAAUGGGCUGAUCUUAUUGGCCGAUGCAUAAGGAACUGCAGUUCAGUGGAUUGGGAAGGAUUUUUGCCAGAAAUAUUUACACAUUACAUGAAUAUGUUUGAGGUUCCUGUGGAAAACGAAAAUGGUGUGUACCCAUUUCCCCUUGAGGCACCAAAUAAUAAUAUGUUUUUAUACCUUAGUGUUGUGCCUGUUGCUGCCAAGGUUGUCGCAAAAUCCAUUGUCUACCUUCUAAAGCCAGGAGGUUCUGCUCAGGAGUUUUUUGGGAAAUUGGCAACUCGCUUGGAACAAUUCUACCACCCCUCCAAUGAUGGCCACUGGACAGAUGUGCUAGAAGCUUUUUUAUAUUAUUUAGUGAUUACCUUCAAGAAGCGGCUAGAAAAAGAGCAGCAGAAUCUGUUGAAAGGAAAAAACUCUCAAAUUUCCCUUGGAAAAUCAGAACAAGUUGCUUUUAUCAAGGUUGUGUUGCGGUUUAUAGUUCGUGCCCAGUAUAAUGAGGACAAAUCUUUUUCUGAAGUUGCUGCUGCUUCAAUUUCCAUUUUGUCAUAUAUAGAGCCAUCUUUGAUGAUUCCCUCCAUGAUAUCUCGAUUCCAUUUGGCAUUAGAGACUCUGACAACCACACAUCAAGUACCGACUGCAAUGACUGCUGUCGCAUUCACUGCUCGGGCACUAUUUUUUUGCUCCCUUGCUGAUUCAUCAUCCACAGCCGAUAUUAUGGAGGAAAGUUCUUGUCGUGCUUAUGGUGAUUUUUUGGCAUUAUCGUUGUCCAAUGCUCUGCUUGGAAUCGAUGCAAAUGAUCCUUCCAAGACUUCAGCAAGUAUUCAGCUCAUUGUUUCAAUGUUUUCCAAUCUAUCGGUUCUUGAUGAUGAUGGGAGUUUGGCAAAUGCUCUACCAAGCAUCAAUUUCUCUAAGUGGUUGGAUGAGUUUCUACAACGCCUUUUUUCUAUAUUUCUAUUUUUGGAGCCAAGCAACACACUAAAUGAAGGUGCCCACCAAUCAUUGUCUUCCUCAGGAACAUUUCUUCUGAGUGACAAAUAUUACUUCCCUAUGUUGGUAGUAUUAUUGGGUAGAUUGUCCAAACAUCUUCACAAACAGGCACUGGAGAAAAUCUCCAAGUUUCUCAGAACAAAUAUUCUUCCUGGAUCUGCCGCAGAGAUUGGGCUUCUUUGCUGUGCUGCUGUCCAUUCAAAUCCUGAAGCGGCAGCUGUUUACGUAAUUGAUCCAAUCUUGACAUCCAUUGUCUCUUCCUUGCAAGGGACCCCUGUGUCAGGUUUUGGUGGAGGAACAUAUGACGUAUCAUACUCAGCCAAGUCCAUGCUACCUCCAGCCCUUGAAAUUGCCACCGAAUAUCAUCUGCACAUUUUGGCUCUUGCCAUCAGAUAUGGAGGCUCCUUCUUGCUUCAAUACAGAGAACAACUGAAAGAAAUUACUAGAUCUGCAUUUGAUGCACCAUCUUGGAAGGUAAAUCUAGCUGGUGACACUCUCCUUUGCCUAUUGCUUCGUAGCCUGGUUCAUUACUAUCCAAUAGAUCAGUACAGGUGCUUUUCUUGUCACCCGGUUGCUGGUGCCAUGGAAGAAUGGGUGAGCAGAAAGGAUUAUCGGGAUGAAUACUUUUUAUCAGGCCCUAACUGGCAUAUUCCUAGUGACAAUGAAGUUUUGUUUGCCAAUGAGCUUUUAGACUUGCAUCUUAAUUCUCCUUUAGAUGUUCUUCUCAAUAUCUGUCAAAGCAAGUCUCAUGGAGAUCGAGGACUGGAAAGGGAACAUCUAAAAGUUCUUCUUUUGCGAAUAAGCUCUUCACUGGAAGGUGUUCAGUCAUGCUUGCCUGAUUUUCGCUCCUCUUUAACUGAUGGGCCUGGAAACGAAUACCUUCAAAGUCAGUUUAUCGUGGGAGAAACUGGUGCAACUGUUGGCAGUCCAGAAUUGAGAGAAAAAGCUGCAAGAAUAGUGCAUAUCAGCUAUGAAUAUUUAUUGAAAGAAAGACCGGAUGACAGUAUGUUGCUGAGACUUGUGACCCAUAUCAUGGAUUUUAUAGGAAAUUAUGGAAGCAUGGAAUAUGAGCGGUCAAAUAACUUGCGUGAUUGGGAUCUGGAUGCUUCCAUAAUUGAGCCUCCUGUAAACUUUAUCAUUCACUCUUGCUUUGAAGGAAAGAAAAGGCCUCAGUGGGUUCUAGCUAACAAGGUGCACAUGCACAAUACAUGGAGGUCAUCACAAUCAUCUUAUCACCUGUUUCAUGUCAAUGACAAAAUUCUUCCAUCAAAAUAUUUCGAGACCUUGAUGGAUGAUCUACUGAACCUCUCAUUGCAUAAUUUCAAGAUUGUUAGAGUGGUUGCUGUGGAAGCUCUUCAAAAGAUGUUCAAACGCUUUCCAUCUCUGGUUGUAAAGUGCAUUCCUGCCCUCACAAAGUGCUUGCUUGAUCCUAAUACACCAGAACAUAAGGUGUUGGGUGCCUGCACAGUCCUGAAAACAAGAGGUGUUCUGAGGCAGUUGACAUUGGACUCAAAAGCUUUUUCCACAUUCCUCCUUGGUGUCCUCGGGAGCUCCCAUCAUGAAUCACUGAAGGCACAAGAAGCCAUACGUGAGUUGUUUGAUGAAUACAAUAUUCAAUAUGAUGGAGCAUCCAAAAACCCAUAUAAUGCCGUGGAAGAUGCUUCAGAUGUGGUGGACAUUCAAGGUUUGGUUUCAACAGUCAGUUGCAUGAGCUUCAGACUCAACAGUCUCCAUUGGCGGUACAGUCUGAUGGCUAACUGGGUGCUCCUACUGUUACUUAUAUCUUCAAGAAGUUUGAUUUUUCGUACGAAAUUUCACUUUGAAACUAUAGGUUGCUUCUUAAAGAGUUUGAGGAAUCAGGUUCCUCAAACAAGGAUACUUGCUAUCUCUGCCUUGAAUGUUUUACUCACUGAGUUUCCAAAUGUUCCAUCAGUGGAGAAAACACUCACUGCAGGAAGUGUAAAAUCACCUCUUGAAGAUGCCCUGGGUCAAGUUUUUCUGGAAGAUGGAUUUUUUGUGCAUGCACUGAACUAUCUAUCUGACGACCAUGAUAUACCUGAUAUGGAAUUAGUAGAUUCUACAGGGAACUAUGGCAUGAUAUCAAGUGAUGCAGAUAAACUAAUAAGGUGCUUCUGUUUUGAUCGCAUUCCUUCAUGGCCACGCACACCUAGUUGGAUAUUUAUGACUGGAGGGGACAGUUUCUGUGCAAGCUUUGCAUACUUUAUUGAACGUUUAGUGCAGGAAUGUGGAGAGCCGGUUGUUCUAUCUCUUCGAAGUUCAUUGGAGGAAUUUUCAUUUGCAGAGGAGAGGGCAAAGCAAUGUGUGGCUGCUGAGGCUUUGGCUGGGAUAUUGCACUCUGAUAUUAGCGAAGUCCAGGAUUCCUGGAAGAGCUGGAUACUGAGUCUAGUGGAAAAGAUCAUUCUUGAACCAGUGGUAGAUUCAACUCCUGAUUGGACAGCUUGUAUACGUUAUGCAGUGACAGGGAAAGGGAGACAUGGAACUGAGGCACCUGAUUUGAGGCAUAAGGUCCUCGAAUGCCUGAUGAACCCUUUACCUCAAAUUGUGAAAACCAGCACAAUUACAAAAAGAUAUUAUUUUCUCGCUGCUGCACUUGCAGAAAUGUAUCCAUCCAAAAUGCAAAGCACAGAAGUUGAAUUACAUGAUGCUUUGCUGAAGGAACUUCUUGAAUGCAUGGACUACUCAUCUUCACAGGUUAGAGAAGCCAUUGGUGUCACUCUCUCUGUUUUAUGUUCAAAUAUGGCACUUUUUAUUUCCUGUAGAACUGGCAAAUCACAUCACAUGCAACAUAGUAAGUCAAAUUACUCCAUUGGAGAUAACGAUUGGUGUCAUUAUCUGAUAAAACGUGCAUCUGAACUGGCUCUGCACAUUCAAAGUGCUGGUCAGCCCUCCAUUUUUGCAAAUGAUGAUACACAAGAAGAGACAAGAUGGAUGGAGACGUUGUUUCAUUUUGUAAUAUCAUCCUUCAAAUCUGGAAGAUCUCCAUUUUUGUUCAAUAUAAUUGUUGGAGUUCUGCAUCCUAUCAUUUCAUUGCAGGGAACACCAAAUGAAGAUCUAUCCUGUCUGGCCAAUGAGGCAUUUGAAUUGUUGAUAUGGCAUACAAUGCCACAGGCUUGCCUCAAAGAGGCAGUUGUGAUACUUCUUUCUUCUUCUAACAAUUCUAACUGGAGAACAAGACUCUCAACAUUGUCUUAUUUGCGUCACUUCAUGUACAGGCACAUUUUUCUUCUUUCAGUUCAAGACAAGCAACAAAUCUGGAUGCAAAUUGAGAUGCUACUAAAAGACAGCCAGGUUGAGGUAAGGGAGCAUGCAGCAACUGUGCUUGCUGACUUAAUGAAUAGUGGUGAUGAAGAUCUAGCUGGGAAUUUCCGUCACAGAGCAUAUGAAGAGGCAUUCUCUCUUUAUACAAAAAGAAAGCUGAGGAAUUUGGCUUUUGAUGUUUCUUCAGCUUCCUUGCAUGGUUCUGUCUUGGCUCUAGUCGCAUUAGUAUUGUCAGUUCCUUAUGACAUGCCCAGCUGGCUUCCUGAUACUGUGACGUUAUUAGCUCGAUUCGUUGUAGAACCUUCACCAAUAAAAUCCACAGUCACCAAGGCAAUUGCUGACUUUCGGCGGACCCAUUCAGAUACUUGGAUCAUGCAAAAGGGUUCUUUCACCAAAGAACAGCUCGAGAUAUUGGAUGAAACGUCAUCUUCCUUUUCGUAUUUUGCUUGAUGCCAUUUUGUUGAAAGCUAUUGGAAAUAAAGGCUAGUGUGUGAACUCCUGAUCAUAAUCAAUAAAUGCAUAUAAAACAUGGGCAUCUUUUGUGCUCAUGGCCUGUGAUUUUAUUGCCA